CGCAUAGUCCAUGUUCCACUUGCUUACCGCAGCCCCUCCGUCAGGAUACAAGAUAUGCAAACCCUCGUCUCCGAGGAAUAGCUUCUCACCGACCGCGGGCCUGAAGAACCAAGGGUUGUGAUCCGACAUGCCCCGUUGCUAGAGUGACUCACCCCAAUAUCCCUCUACCUGUGGUGAUUUCCUCCAUGGUAUUUCUCGUUGGCACCACUCUUUCCACCUGUCCUAUGGCUCACCUAUACCAGGCGAAAGUUCAGCCUUCCCUUGAGGAGGUCUCCUCUAUCCUCUCAAAAUCUCGAUCGUCCAAAUUCCCUCCGAACCUCGUGCCGCUCUGUGCCCAAAUCCCCGCUGACCUUUUUACCCCUACACAAGCGUAUCUAAAAGUAUCAGAGGGCUCAAAACUCUCAUUUCUGUACGAAAGUGCUGCAACUACCGGGACAAUCGGGCGGUAUAGUUUUGUCGGAGCAAAUCCCCUCAAAGUCAUCAAAUCUGGCCCGGGCCAUGGACCGGAAGAAGAUCCCCUCCCCCGCCUCGAGCAGGAGCUGUCACAGUACAGAGUCGCGCCUGUGCCAUCCCUUCGACUUCCGCCCUUGACGGGAGGGGUUAUUGGAUAUGUUGGGUAUGAUUGUGUCCGAUACUUCGAGCCCAAGACCGCUCGACCUAUGAAAGACGUCUUGAAGCUACCCGAGAGCUUUUUCAUGCUCUAUGACACAAUAGUGGCUUUUGACCAUUUCUUCAACGUCUGCAAGGUCAUUACAUACCUGAGGGUACCAUCAUCAGGGUCGGCCCCAGAUCUGCAGACGGCGUAUGAGAAAGCAUGCGGAACACUGCAGAGAACGAUUUCCCUCCUGCAGGCGGAACACAUACCUCUGCCAUAUCAGCCACCUAUAGCCCUGAAUCAGCCUUCGAAAUCGAAUUUUGGCAAGACAGGAUACGAGGCGCAUGUUACACGGCUUAAGAAGCAUGUGUGCAAAGGAGAUAUCAUUCAGGCCGUUCCCUCGCAUCGAAUAUCGCGGCCUACGACGCUUCAUCCGUUCAAUAUCUACCGGCAUUUACGAACAGUCAACCCAUCGCCGUACCUUUUCUAUAUCGACUGCGAGGACUUCAGCAUUGUUGGUGCAUCACCGGAACUGCUGGUAAAAGAAGAAGCCGGUCGGAUCAUAACUCAUCCCAUCGCCGGCACGGUUAAGCGAGGUCAAACUCCUGAAGAAGACGAGCGUUUGGCUGAGGAACUGAGCAAUAGCAUCAAAGACCGUGCCGAGCAUGUCAUGCUGGUCGACCUGGCCCGAAACGACAUCAACCGCGUCUGUGACCCCUUAUCCACUCGCGUCGACCGACUCAUGGUCGUGGAGCGAUUCAGUCACGUCCAGCAUCUGGUUAGCCAAGUCUCGGGCGUCCUGAGGGAGGGCGAGAAUCGCUUUACGGCUUUUCGGAGUAUUUUCCCUGCGGGCACUGUGUCGGGGGCGCCCAAAGUGAAGGCUAUGGAACUCAUUGCAGAACUAGAGCAGGAGAAACGAGGUGUCUAUGCCGGUGCGGUUGGGUAUUUCGGCUUCUCCCGCGUGUCGCUCGACGGAUCCAAGAUUGAAGAUGAAGGGGCAAUGGAUACCUGCAUCGCGCUACGCACAAUGGUGGUGAAAGAUGGCGUUGCAUACUUGCAGGCCGGCGGAGGUAUUGUCUUUGAUAGUGUGGAAGAAGAUGAGUGGAUCGAGACGAUGAACAAGCUGGGGGCGAAUAUUAGGACCAUUGAAGAAGCAGAGAAAAGGUAUCUAGAGCUAGAAAAGCUGCGGAAUGGGGCUGCGGCUACGCAGCCAAAUGGUGUCGCUGUAUAGAUCAAGUGCACAUCUAAACCAGAAAAUACCACAGAUUCAAGGGACUC